CUACUGGAUGGGGUUAGGGACCCUAUGCCCAACCAUCCUACUUUACCCAAGCUUCGGACCACCAGUCAUUCUAGGAGAGCUACUGGAAGAGUUCAUACGACGGGCUAAGGUGCAAAGUCGUGCAUGGAAGACAGCUAACAGAUGUAUUUCAAUUAACGACUGUUUACUCUCCCUACUCGGCUUUCUUAUGGUGGUCGACUGGAUUAUGAAGACCUGCACAUCUGUCUAGAAGCACGGAAUACAAUCGACAGCUCGGCCCGUUUAUCCCAUACACACAAACAAAUGCACAUGAACACAAACAGUGUAUCAACAGCCUCUGCAUCAGUAAACCCCAAUAAACACAUAGGAAAAAGAAAGAUUCUCAAGUACAACACAGAGAACACCAACACAAUCUCACUUGAUCGAGAAGCUCUGGAAGAGGUGGAAACUUCCACAUAUCUAGACAGCAUCAUCAAUGAACAGGGAGGAUCUGAUGUAAACGUAAAUGCGAGUAUUGUCAAAGCAAUGACAGCAUUACUACAAUUGAAGAACAUAUGCAACUCAAAACAACUGUCUGUCAACCAAUAUCAAAGUCACAAUCUUCAAUACGAACGUCAAGACAGUCAGUUCUACUGUACGGAGCUGAAACGUGCAGAACUAUUACAACCAUCAUCAAAAUGGUACCAGUAUUUAUAAAUAGUUGUCUACACAAGAUACUCAACAUCCGUUGAUCGGAUACUAUCAGCAACAGUCUACUCUGGAACAGAACAAAUCAGGGUAGGACAUACAUUACGGAAAUUGUUGGAAUAUUCAGAAAAAUAUCCCGAAAAUCAUUCAGUUAAGUUUAAUGCAAUGGUAUCAUUUUCCUAUUGGUCAAUAUUUACUUGACGUGUCGUUUCUCUACUGAUCAAUAUUUAUUUCACGUGUCAUUUUCCUGUUGGCCAAAUAUGGUACAAAUGUUAUUUUCUAUUUUAUGGUACUUCGUGAUCUGCUUGAUUGGUAUAUAAACAAAGUAUGUUUGGAAUAUAAUGAUUCAUAUCACAGAGGCUGAGACUUGUGUUCUGGACUCAACUGGCUGGGCUAGACAGGAAAGCAGGACCAAUCAGGACUCUAGGCUGCUCGCACUCGUUCUAUGCGUCACUGGUUCAAUCGACAAUUCUCUACCGUCUAAUCUGCAGUCACAAGUUAUGACAGAAAUCAUCAAAUUGCAUCACGAGGGAAACACUAACUUGUAAUCCUGAAUGAAGAAGAAAAAGAAGACCGAAGAACGCAGUGUGUCGAGAAUUUGAGGCCGUCAUGAAAAGAGUGAAUAGAAACUAGAAAAAAUUUUAAAGGAUUGCUCAGGAUAUGGUUGGAUGGAGAAUGCUACUCGACGAGGAAUAACAGGCGUAAAUAAGUAAAUUGGUAUUGGCUCACUAGAAUGGAACGGAAUUGGCUUUGGGUCUUACCUUAAAUGAACGUGUAUCAAAAAAAGUAAGAAUGAACCACUUUUACAUAACUAAAACUACAAGGAUCACCUCAAGAAAACCAAAUUUUUGUGCCUGAAAGAGGUAUCUUCAGGCUCUCUGUUUACAUUGAUUCCUGAUAUCGUAUACCCAAGUUAUGCACUGUAAAAUCUUAUCCUUAGUUAUGUUUUACGAUAUCUGAUCUUUCCCAUUUUAAUCUGCCAAAAUAUCUCUCCUAAUUCUCAAAUAAGUCUACUAUUUUUAAUUUUUAGCAAUGAAUUUAAUCAAACAUUUACGUAUGCUUCCAAUGGAGUUUUGUUCGCUGAGCUGGAUGGUUUGGUCAUGGAGCUUUUAUAGUUCUUCUGAACAACAUCGUCAGCACAAAAUUCAGGUAGAAGUCAAGUGUUCGAAUUUCUUCUCAUAUGACUUAUAGCAUGUCCUGUAGAUCUCGAGCAUGAUCGGUUAUUAUUGACCUAUAACUUGUCAUGGUAGCUUUAAUCUAUUCAAUAGGAGAAAAUAUUACUGUGAUAAACAUAAACACCUUUUUAAAACUGAAUGAACCAUCAAUACCAACAUAUCGUGUAUUUAAUAUGAUGAAACUAAAUUACUCAAUGUAUAACACUAGUUUGAUUUUUUUAAAAAUAUGUAACUGUAUGAAAUUGCAGAAUCAAAUGCCGACUAGUACCGAAAACGAAUUGAACUAAUGAUUCAGCUUACAUACUGUUUUUUCUUUAAUAUACUUCCUCAGUUAUCAAAUAUUUCUUUUGAAUUUCGAUUAUUAAGAAAUUUAUUUGUGUGUUUUUAAAAAACCUAUUUAACUUUGUAUAGCAGAACAAAGUACCUCACCGCUUUUCUUGUGUUAUAAAUUUGAUUACAUUUGUUAUUUGUACUUCCAUCAUUCAAAUUAGCUAUUGUUACUUAGGAAUGAAGUUACAAUAUUGUAUGUUGUUAAUGUUCAUACAUACCAAAUGUAUGUGUUUUCUAAAAGUUUUGAGUGACUUAAUCACUUUCUUUUAUAAUGUAUGUUUUGUACUUCUAUAGAGCACUGUAGUAGAAAAGUGCAAAUUACUGUAACAUUUAAUAUAUAUAUAUAAAUUGACGUAUCAAUUUGUGCUUUAGUACAUUUACGUAAUAUGUCAUCAUGUUGCCAAGUUGGUAGUGAUUUAAAGUGCCAUUUAAAAAUCUUUUUCAGUCUGUUUAAGAUUUAUAGAUUUAUUGAUAUCCUUCCAUAGAUUGGGUCCAUUUGGUGAAGAACUAGAAAAUUCAGAAUUUAUGAAUAAUCAAUGACACUGAUACAAAAUAUCCUUCUUGGUGGUUUUUUGAAUGAUAAAUUUAUGGUGCAUAUUUCAGUGAAAGCAAUAGCAUAGGUGAAUGUACAGUAAGCUAACAGGUCACUAAACAUUUUCUUCAGUCAAAACUUGGGAUAUAUUAAUGUGGUGAUUGAAUGAACUAAUGAUUCCUUUGUAUUUAUUGAAUGCUUGAUUUUGAAUUCCAAAUACAGUACAUUCGUCU